UGUUCUUCUGCCAGUUGCGUGUUUCUAGGCAUCACAGGUGCUCACAAACAGAGCACUGAUGUUGAUGGACGUUUGCUGGGAAAGGGGCCGUAUCUCAGUGGAAGAGCAUCUGCUUUGCAUGCAGGAGGUCCCCGGUUCAAUCCAACCGGCACCAUCUCCAGCUUUCUUCAGGGUGAAGAAGAUUUUAAAAACCAAACACAGAGGGCUGUGGGCAUUCAGGAUCGGGACCGCCAGCCGUGCGCAGUCAAGCUCCUUGACUGCUUCAGCCCCGGAGGGAUGCUUGAGGACAGCGGCCCCUGCGAUGGCCCGGAUGAUCAGGACCCAUUGCUGCACAAACUCCAGUCCCUCUGGGCCAAGAAAGACACAGAAAAGCUCAGGGAGGAAAUCCGGCUGGUCUUUGCAACGCUGGAAGACCCCUUGACGUGGGUGUUGAACGUCCUGGAAAACCACAGCGACUGGAAGGGGAAAGGAAAUUGCCUGGCGUACCGCAUUGUCCAGGGACUGCAGGUCUGGCUAAAGGAACAUCCCACCGGCCAGCUGUCUGGCUUGCAGUUAAAAAAGCUCCAAGCCCGCGUCUUUCCGGUGUUCGCUCAGUGCCACGGGAAUCUCCUGGACCCCCUCUUCAGCAUCUUCCAGCUCCAUGCGGCUGAUCGUCAUUAUCUACUCGGCCAGAUUGGGCACCUCUACUACAAGAACAAGUUCAAGGAGGCUGUCACGUUAAGCAUAAAACUGAAUCUGCAGCCAGACCUGGAUGUUGAGAAGAUGUGCGUCCCGUUGCUGCUUCAGGACAAAGCAAACCUGGCCGAAGCCUAUGUGGAAGGCUACCCCGACCUCCAGCAGCAGCUCCUGCAAGUGCUGGAUUCGUGGUGUGAACCGGGCUUCCAGAUCAGACACAUCGCACGGCGGUAUCCAGACCUGCCCAAUAUAAGGCCAGAGAAGGUCAACCUUAGGAUGGUGAACAAGUUGGUCUUCCGCUUCCUAGACAAAUACAAUCUAGAUCCAGCUCUUUGCCCCAAUGCCAUCAACCAGCGACACCUGGGCACUCUGAAAUACCUGCUCUACAAGAGGUUUGUCGAGAAAACCAUGACGGAAGAAAAUUGGACCGACCACAUCCAGACCACCGUCCAGGACAAUCCGUGGCUGCAGGAGCAGCUGGUCCACCAGCUGGUCCGUUACUGUGACUUGGCCACUGCUGCCACGUGGGCUCUGCGUUACGACCUCCCUGCUGAAAGCCUGCCUCCCAGAGUGGCGCAUGAGAUGGAGAUGCUCAAGCAUCAGGAGAGGGAAGAGGCUCCAGAGCGAGGGCCCCCGGCCUGCGGACGCCGGAAUCCGGAGAGUUAUUACCAGCUCCCGAUCCCCCGGGAGGACGUCCUUUUCCUGAGCACCCGGGAAGAGGUGCUGAAGUGCCAGGCGGAGGUGCUGCAGCCCGGCCAGGUUGUCGGCCUCGACAUGGAGUGGCAGCCAUCUUUCAGUGCCUUACGAGGAACCUCGCGCGUCUCGGUGGUCCAGGUGGCCAUCCGCGGCCGGGUCUUCCUUCUGGAUAUGCUGCAGCUCCUGAAGCAGGAAGGGGCCGAGGCGGAGGCAGCGGCCCUGUCGGGCUUCUUCCGGGCCCUCUUUACCGACGCGGCCGUCACCAAGCUGGGCUACGGGAUGUCAGGAGACUUGCAUAGCCUGGCGGCUACCUGCGUGGCAUUCAAAGAUGUGGUCAAGCAGCUGUGUGGAGUUCUGGACCUUCUGACAAUACAUCAACAACUCCCCAAAAGCUCCGGAGAGGCAAGGAAGGGCUGUCGGAGUGUGGACGCUUUCCAGCUGGAGGAGGGGGCAUCUGGGGCCAGGCUGCCGGAGCGGGGCCUCAGCCUGAUGGUGCAGGACGUCCUUGGCAAGCCCCUCGACAAGACGGAGCAACUGUCCAACUGGGAGAGGAGGCCUCUCCGGGAGGAGCAGAUCCUUUACGCAGCGUCCGACGCUUACUGCUUGCUGGAGAUUUAUGCAAAACUGCACGAGGAUCCGACCGCCUUCAGUCUGGAUUCUGAUUUUAUGGCAACUCUGCUGAAGGAAACUGGUAGUGGAAACAAGGCCAAGAAGGUGCCUAACCAGCCAGUGACGCCACCUAAACGGAAGGAGAAGCCUGCCCCAUGCCUGGAAGAAGCGUUGCGCUCUUUGGAUGCCGUCCCGGUCCGGGACUUCCACGUGGUCUGCGACAACAUGUUGCAAGGCCUGGGCCGGUACCUGCGUUGCCUGGGCGUGGACGUCCGGAUGCUGGAGAACGGCGACGACCACCGGAAGGCAGCUGAGAUCGCCAGGCAAGAAAGAAGAGUCAUUUUAACCUCCGGGCUUCCGUAUCAGACGCUGCAGUCCCAGGUGGGAGAAGGCAGGUGUUUCUUGGUGAAGUGCUCGGAGAAGGCCAAGGACCAGGCUUCCCAGGUGCUGAAGCACUUCAACGUCCAGGUGACUUUGGCGGAUGUCUUCAGCCGCUGCCAGGCCUGCAACGGUGACCAAUACCUGAAGAUCUCCAAGGAGAAAAUGAGGCAGCUGAUGAAGCUCAGAGGACACCUGCCCGACGGAAACGCUACUGAUGAAUUGUCGGAAGAUCCUGGCCCGAGCACGGAGGCGGAAACCUUCGAACUCGGCUCCCAGCGCCCUCUGUACAGUCCGAACUGCCAGUGGAUGGAGGAGUCUUCCUUGGACCCCGAGUCGGCUCUGCUGCCCAAUGGCACGCCCUUGAAACUCGAGGCCAUUCCCAUCGGGGUGCUCGCCAAGAAGGACUUGGCCUACUUCUACUGCUGUGGCCAGUGUGGCAAGGUGUUUUGGGAAGGGUCCCACUUCCGGCGGCUGGUCUCCCAGUUCAAAGAGGUGCUGGACCUCUCGGAAGACAGCCGGAGCUUCUACGAGCGGGACUGAGGUGGCGGCGGCGCCGGCGGCACACAUUUGCCAUUAACGGUGACCCUGGAAUGUAUCUCAUGGGCAGUGUUGAUAUGCAGAGAUUGGGGGCAGACAGAGGGACGCUGUGGGGUGCAUUCUGUUGGGGGCGUUUAUGGUGGCCAGCAAUGUGGAACAGUUUAUUAAAAUGCACCAUCUCUCUUGGGCUUUUAAACCUC